GCAUCGAGCCCCCAGGCGGGGCGACAGGCAUCGAGCCCCCAGGCGGGGCGACAGGCAUCGGGCCCCCAGGCGGGGCGACAGGCAUCGGGCCCUCAGGCGGAGCGGCGGGCGCGCGGGACCCCCAGGCGGAGCGACAGGUCUCGGGCCCCCAGGCGGAGCGGCGGGCGCCGGACCCCCAGGCGGAGCGACAGGUCUCAGGCCCCCAGGCGGAGCGGCGGGCGCCGGACCCCCAGACGGAGCGACAGGUCUCGGGCCCCCAGGCGGAGCGGCGGGCGCCGGACCCCCAGGCGGAGCGACAGGUCUCGGGCCCCCAGGCGGGCUGGACCCCCAGGCGGAGCGACAGGUCUCGGGCCCCCAGGCGGAGCGGCGGGCGCCGGACCCCCAGGCGGAGCGACAGGCACAGAGUCACCAGGCACAACAGUGGGCUCUGAGUCAACUGGCAUGACCGCUGGCACUGGGUCAGACAUUGGAUCGUCUGGCUGGACAGCGAGCAUCGGGUCACCAGGCAUCAGGUCAUUUGGCUCG